AUGGCCCGAAUGCGGGCGUCUUCAUUCCCCGUUGCGUCAAUUGUAUGGCCAGAAAAGAACGAAGCGCAGCAGAGGCCUUUUCAGACGCACAGAACGAGCAGACGACUUGAUGCCGACACCCAAUCAUCGGAGGCAUACAACAAAGUGGCCAGCUCGUGUCUUGUGGUCGCAGGCCUGUUGCCCGUCACGAAAGUGUCAUGUCGACUGACUGAAGAAAGCCGAAACGGGCUGGCAGGACAUGCAGGAAGACAGAGCUCUUGUGAAAACGAUUGUUGUCUGAGCACGAGUCCAACAGACCGUCUUGACGGCCCGGUUGGCCGCUCAGUCCUGUCUUUUUCAGCAGGCCUGUCUUUCUUCGGACGUCUGCGUUGCUGCGCGACGACAAAAGCGGUUGCCGUCGGCCCAUCGACUUGGAGUCUGGCUAGACGGAUGCUGGGAACGGCGGCAUCGUCAGCUCUCUUAUCUUACCUCGCCCCAACCCAUUCCGACUCACCCUACUCCACCUCGCCGUGCAUCACUUCACCUCACCCCAUCUCAAUCCAUCCCACUCCACUUCGCUCCACCGCCCUACUUCACCCCAACUCACUUCAUCUCUCCUUACCUCGUCUUAUUCUACACGACCAAAUAUCAUUCCAACCUACUCCAUCCCACUCCACUUCACUCUACCUCACCUAA